CUUUUCCUGAAAAUUGUGACACAUAUUAUGGACCACAUAGUGUUGAAUGCCUUACAACUAUCUGGAAAUGGAAAGGUUGUUUGAAUGAAGGAACAAAAUCCCCUCCUAAAUUAACAACAAUCGAAAGAGACAUCACCAAUUUGCUCAAUGUUGAUGAGGUUUUGGAUAACUUUGAAAUAAUUCGAAUUGAAGCUGAUGGUGGUGAUAAAAAUAAAGGAUUGGAAUGUUACGGAAUUGUUUAUCCUGAAAAUUGUGAUUCAUAUCACGGACCUCACUCUAUUGAUUGUCUCAUCACGAUAUGGGAAGAAGUAGAUUGCAAGGUCAAAGGUUACAAGUUUCCUGGCAAUCUAACAACUGCUGAUGCUGACAUAUGGAAAAACUUAGACUUGAGAGCUGCAACGAAAAAUAUGGAAGAUGUCAAAUCAGCAGCUGAUAAUGGAAGUGAUGAUCAUCAAUUGAAUUGUUAUGGAAUAGUAUUUCCUGAAAAUUGUGAUACAUACUAUGGACCAUAUAGUAUGGAAUGUCUUACAACUAUCUGGGAAUCCAAAGGUUGUUUAAGUGAAGGAACCAAAGCUCCAGUUAAAUUAUCAGUUGCUGAAAAUGACAUGUUGUACUUGCUAAAUUUGAAUGAAGUUUUGGACAAUUUUGAAUCGGUUCAAAUGGAAGCUCAUGGUGGUGACAUAGAUAAAGGAUUGGAAUGUUAUGGAAUUGUAUAUCCUGAAAAUUGUCAUUCAUAUCAUGGAUACCACUCCGUUGAUUGUCUUAUUACAAUUUGGAAAGAAGUGGAUUGCAAAGUCAAAGGUUACAGAUAUCCUGCCAAUCUAACAACUGCUGAUGCGGACGUUUUGAAAUCAACUAAUUUAACAGCUAUAAGAGGAAAUAUGGAAGAUGUUAAAUCAGCAGCAGAUAGCGGAAAUGAUGAUCAUCAGUUGAAUUGUUAUGGAAUAGUGUUUCCUGAAAAUUGUGCCGCAUACUAUGGACCACACACUGUGGAAUGUCUUACAACUAUCUGGGAAUCAAAAGGCUGUUUGAGUGAAGGAACAAAAGCUCCAGUUAAACUAAACACAGCUGAAAGAGACAUUUUAGAUGUACUAAAUGUGGAUGAAAUUUGGAAUUAUUUUCAAUCCAUUCAAGAUGAAGCUCAUGAUGGAAAUAUAGUUAAAGGAUUGGAAUGUUAUGGAAUUGUUUAUCCUGAGAAUUGUGAUUCUUAUCACGGACCCCACUCUAUUGAUUGUCUUAUCACAAUAUGGGAAGAAGUGGAUUGCAAACUGAAAGGUUAUAGAUUUCCCAACAACCUCACCACCGCUGAUAGUGAUUCUUUAAAAACCUCAAAUUUGACAGCAAUAAAAGCAAAUAUGUUAGCUGUUAAAUCAGCGGCCGAAAAUGGAGAUGAUGAUCAUCAAUUGAAUUGUUAUGGUUUAGUGUUUCCCGACAAUUGUGACACAUAUUACGGACCACACAGUGUUCAAUGUCUUACAACCAUCUGGGAAUGGAAAGGUUGUUUAAAUGAAGGAACCAAAGCUCCAGUUAAAUUUGAUCAUGCUAAUAAAGAAGCUGUGGAUUUGCUCACUGUAGAUGAGGUUUUGGAUAAUUUUGAAUUAGUUCAAGUUGAAGCUCAUGGUGGUGAUAAAGAUAAAGGAUUGGAAUGUUAUGGAAUAGUUUAUCCUGAAAAUUGUACUUCCUAUCACGGACCUCACUCCAUUGAUUGUCUUAUCACAAUAUGGGAAGAAGUGGAUUGCAAACUGAAAGGUUAUAGAUUUCCCAACAACCUCACCACCGCUGAUAGUGAUUCUUUAAAAACCUCAAAUUUGACAGCAAUAAAAGCAAAUAUGUUAGCUGUUAAAUCAGCGGCCGAAAAUGGAGAUGAUGAUCAUCAAUUGAAUUGUUAUGGUUUAAUGUUUCCCGACAAUUGUGACACAUAUUACGGACCACACAGUGUGGAAUGUCUUACCACUAUCUGGGAAUGGAAAGGUUGUUUAUAUGAAGGAACCAAAGCUCCAGUUAAAUUAGAUCAUGCUGAUAAAGAAGCUGUGGAUUUGCUCACUGUAGAUGAGGUUUUGGAUAAUUUCGAAUUGGUUCAAGUUGAAGCUCAUGGUGGUGAUAAAGAUAAAGGAUUGGAAUGUUAUGGAAUAGUUUAUCCCGAGAAUUGCACUUCAUAUCAAGGACCUCAUUCUAGUGAUUGUCUCAUCACAAUUUGGGAAGAAGUAGAUUGCAAGAUCAAAGGUUAUAGAUAUCCUGGCAAUCUCACAAGUGCAGAUGAUACCCUGCAAAUAUUAAACUUAAGAGAUGUAAAAAGAAACAUGGAAGCUGUGAAAUCAGCAGCAGAUGAUGGGAAUGAUGAUCAUCAAUUGAAUUGUUAUGGAAUAGUAUUUCCUGAUGAUUGUGACACAUACUAUGGUCCACACAGUGUGGAAUGCCUUACAACUAUCUGGGAAUGGAAAGGUUGUUUAAGCGAAGGAAAAAAUGCUCCAGUUAAAUUAAACUUGGAAGAAAAAGAUUAUCUUGAUUUGUUAGAUUUGGAUGAGGUUUUGGACAAUUUUGAGACAGUUCAAAUGGAAGCCGAAGAUGGUGACAAAGAUAAAGGAUUGGAAUGUUAUGGAAUUGUUUAUCCCGAGAAUUGCACAUCAUAUCAUGGAUCUCACUGUCUUCAUUGUCUCAUCACAAUCUGGGAAGAAGUGGGUUGCAAGGUCGAAGGUUAUAGAUAUCCUGGCAACCUCACAAUUGUAGAUGCUGCAAUACAAACAUUGAACUUGCGAGCAUUAAGAGCACACAUGGAAAGUGUAAAAUCAGCAGCAGAUGGUGGAAAUGAUGAUCAUCAGUUAAAUUGUUAUGGCUUGGGUGAGUAUGUUACAAGUACUUAGUA